AUGAGCAGCUCACGGAGCCGCAGCCCAAGCUGCAACAGCGACCUGAGCUGGGAGGAGGUGAACUUUGCGGAAUACGAAGAGCUCUCCGACGAUGACUUGCGCGAUGCCGUCGUGGUGUCUUCACGAGAAGCUACGCCUGCACCACGCCCCGAUGAGACCCGUUCUGUGUCGGAGGAAUCUGACAGCGCCACAAUUUCGUCAAGGGACGGCUCUGAGACUCCGCAAACGCCGACAGAGGUGCAGUACUUCGACCUGACCAAGCAGCCGGUCUUCACCCAUCCGAACACUGCUGCGCGCAUUCUCCAAGCUUGGUGGCGCACCAUGCGUUGUCCAUCGAUUCACCUACCCGACGAGGAAGAUGACAUCAUCGAAGAGUUAGCAUGCGGCUUUGCUUCUGGCACGCUGCGGGAGCUGAAUGCACGUGAACCUACAGAGGCAGCACAUGCUCCCCGUCUUGGCCUUGGAGAACCAGUUCGGGUCCACCUCGAGGGUCAGGGAGAGGUGAAAGGUCGGGUCCGUGAGGGUGUCGCGCGCUUUCUGGGCAUUCCCUAUGCUGUCGCCGAACGCUGGAAGCCGCCCCAACCUCCGCCUUCCUGGCGCGAGCUGCCAGACAGGCUGGCGAGAUGUCCUCAGCCAGGGCACCCAGGCAAAACCUACGAGGGCUAUGCCCUUGAAGAUGACGAAGACUGCUUGCAAUUGAACAUCUGGACACCGCUGAGCGCCAUGGAAGACGGCACCCAAAAGUUGCCCGUCCUGGUGUACAUCCAUGGUGGUGGAGGAAAAUCGCAUUCUGCGCAUUGCCCCAGGGAAAGUGGCCACCAGCUCGCCCUCAAGCAAGGCCUCUGCUGCGUAAACAUCAACUACCGCCUCGGGAUCUUUGGUUUCCUUGCUCACCCGGAGCUGUCGCAGGAAGACCGGGAGAGCAUGUCUCAUGGGAUGGCAGCAGGAUCUGGGAACUAUGCGAUUCUGGAUCAGCUCUGUGCGCUGAGAUGGGUCCAGUGCCACAUUGACAGCUUCGGUGGAGACGCCUCGAAUGUGACCAUCUGGGGCUUGUCCUCCGGCGCCCAGUACGUCUCGACUUUGUUGGUUUCGCCAGCUGCCUCGGGGCUUUUCCACAAAGCCAUGGUGCAGAGCUGUGCUGACCUGAACAACGUGCGCCAGCUAGACUCCUCUUGUGACGUGUGGCUGGGGAAGACGGCCGAGGCUUGGGGCGUGUGCCUUGGGGAGGAGCUGGGCUGUGCAGCGGGCGGCCCUGGUCAGCUGGCGGCCCUGCGCUCGCUGCCGGCGGUGGCCCUGGUGAAGAAGACCUUCGCUUCUGCGGCCAAGGACUGCUACGAGCCGAGCAUCGACCGAAGGGACCCCAAACUCUCCGUGAAGCCCCGGUCCUCUGUGGAGGCUUUGCAGGAAGGCGGAUAUCCGAAAGUACCGGUGCUUCUCGGUGUCACGGAGUGUGACGGCUUGGGCAAGGUGGAGCUGGAGCAGACGCUCUUCCAGGAGCUGCGCAGCCGUUUGGAGCUCGAGGCGCUCUUGUCCCGAAACUUCCCGGCCGACACCGGGCCGGACAAAGCCCUGGCUCGCUACUGGGACUGGGGCCCGGAGCCGGAGCUCUCGGAGCUCCCGGAGCUCUCGAAGGCCGAGGAAAGGAAGAAAGUGCAGGAGGCACUGGGAAAACUGAGCAAUGAUCUCUGGUACUUUGCAGGCAGCUACUACAUGAGCCGGCUGCUGGCGCAAGAGACAACCGUCUAUUGCUACUGCUUUGCCGGCUUGAAACAUAGUGCCCAUGGAAGCGAUGCCAUGUACUGGAGGGGAAUGCCCAAAGGAAGUCUGCCUGUCCUUAUGUCCACUUACCUUGGAAACUUUGCACGGUCGGGGGAUCCGAAUGGACCGGAUCUCCCAGCUUGGAAACCGGGAUAUCGUUGGCAGAUGCAUCUCGGACAUCACCCUGCGAUGCGGAAUCUUGAGACAGAGGCCUUGGAAUGGUACGAGUUCCUAGCUAGGGAGUACUUUUCCAAGGUGAUCCUGCAGAGAGUGGCGGUUGGCACUGAGCCUGGCGAGUGCCAGGAGGUGAAGCGAAUUCUUGCAGGUGUUGCCCUGCGUGCCCUUGGUUCUGCCCAGUGGGACCUUUGGGAGCGACAGAUGGAAGAGGACAUGCCGCUGAUUUGGGAGAACCUCGACAGGCGCUGGGUGAUCUAUACGAUGCUCCUCUGGCUGGUACUGACCUUCUCCUUCCAGUCCUGGUCCUUCCAGUUUCACGUGCCAAUGGCUGUGGCCAACUCCUCCAGUGCCGCCCAGGCGUCCAAGACCCCCGCGGUGGUGUCCAAGUCCGGCACGGCGAUGAACGCUUCGAAGAAGCUCCUCCUGCUGCCGAAGUACCAGAUCCCGAACUUGGGAUCCAGCCUCUCGUACCGACUCAAGAGCAACUGGACGGCGGCCAUCAAAACGCAGACAGCCUUGGUUAUUCGCGUCAAGACCCGCCUUGUUGCCGCCACGAUCACGGAUGUUGCGGAGGUUGGCCAUCUACUUGGCGAUGCGGAGAGCGCUUGGCUGAGCGAAGCCAGGGUGCGGCUUGCACUUGGCACCGGGAAGGCCGUCUGGUCAAGAAGCGAGCUCGAGCCGAGCCUUUGGCCAUGGAGCUUUCCAUCGCCCGGGCGACGCCCCUCCUCUGUGGCAGGACUCCUUCCGCCACCGAAGCCCGUGAAGCAGGGUGCGGACUUCAAAGUGUGGUGGUGGCUGUUGCGGCAGAAGAUUGCCGGGGAGAUUAUGGAGACUUAUGCGAAGUUGCCAUGCCUCACCACUCCCAGCGCUCAAGUUCCCUUGCUGACCUGGACGCCCCAGCCAAAGACACUGAAGCUACUUCCACUGCUCCAGCUUCAACCAGACCUUCGCAUCGCGCCCAAGCUAUUGCUCAUGAUCCGUCCAACCACUUCCUUGACCACUCGAAUGUUCUUCAAUCAAUGGCAGCCGGAGAUGCCUGACAUGCUGCCCGCGGCCCCUCUGCGUCCAACUCAUCUUCCUUGUUUGGACUGCUUGGCUGUGGUCUCCCACAACACCCGGCGCUUGGUCCAGGUGAGCCCGGCAUACCCGUUGACCAUAUACAACGCAAACGCCACGAAGAGGAAGGCUGAGAAAGAGAGGCGUGAGAGCAAUGCCGGCGCCAAGCGCCUGCAGAAGGGCCUGCGCAAGGCAAAGAAGAAAGCGGAGGGCAUCCUCGAAAAGUCCAGGAUGCAGGCUCUUCACCACCUGGAGAAGGCGCCUCUGGCGGCUUUGCGCAGCUCCUGCCUUCGAUCGCUAAAGUAA